AUGCCUAUCAAAACCAUCCUCUUCGACUUUAUGGGAACAUGUCUAGACUGGCACUCCCACAUCGUUUCAACCCUCCCUUCUUCCCUCCCAGAGCCCCUUCGCUCCUCUUUCGCCCUCUUAUGGCGACAAGCCUACUUCGACUCUACCGCCUUGCACCAAUCCCAAAACCUGCCACCCGAAGAUAUAGAUCACCCACGCACACACUUACGACGAGACUCUUUCCCUAGACGAGAGAGAUUUAUCAAGGCUUGGCAUCAUUUACCUGCGUGGGAAGAUGUUAACCCAAUCCUAGAGCAAUUAAAAACCAAAGGUUUUGAGAUUGUGGUUUUUGCGAAUGGAACCACGCGUCUCCAACUCGACCUUUGUAAAUCUUCUGGCUUGGGGUUUGAUAUGCUUUGUUCGUCACAAAUGCUUGGAGUUUAUAAACCUGCCAUUGAGAGCUACGCAAAAGUCAUAGAGCUUUUGGGACGAGAAGCAAAGGAGUGCGUUAUGGUAGCUGCUCAUGCGUGGACUGAUGAUGUAAAAGAGGAUCAAGAGGUGGUGAAGAUGGAGAAUGAGGUUUGGAUGGAGGGGAUGACGGGGCUUGGGGAUGUGAUUGCGGGAUUGGGAUGA